CGCACGGAAAGCGACGGAAGUGUGUCUCUGAGAGAGUGUUUCGAAUCCAUCCACGCGGGUCCAGUUCCAAUCCUGGCUCCAAGGAGAGCGGAAGGGAUUUGGGGCUUCUGGGGCUCCUUCUUGGCUUGGCGCUGGGUUUCCGGCCUCAUCCCCUCCCUUCCCUGAUAGACCAGCGUCUACCUUGUAAGUCCCAAGCCUUCCCUUCCUCCGCCUGGCCAUGGCAGGCAUCCUCUUCGAGGAUAUCUUCGACGUGAAAGACAUCGACCCCGAGGGCAAGAAGUUCGACCGAGUUUCCCGACUGCAUUGUGAGAGUGAGUCCUUCAAGAUGGAUUUAAUCUUGGAUGUCAAUGUACAGAUCUACCCUGUUGAUCUUGGUGACAAAUUCCGCCUAGUGAUUGCCAGCACCUUGUACGAAGAUGGAACCUUGGAUGAUGGAGAAUAUAACCCUACAGAUGAUAGACCAUCCAGGGCUGAUCAAUUUGAGUAUGUGAUGUAUGGGAAAGUCUACAGAAUUGAGGGGGAUGAAACAUCCACAGAAGCCGCCACGCGCCUCUCUGCCUACGUGUCCUAUGGGGGUCUGCUCAUGAGGCUCCAGGGAGAUGCUAACAACCUGCAUGGUUUUGAAGUUGAUUCCAGAGUUUAUCUCCUGAUGAAGAAACUGGCCUUCUAAUCACCUUGGGGUGCUGCAUGGUUGGAGAUUAGAGAAGCAGCUUGGACUCUUGGGGACACCGUGGAAAUGUUGCCCCUCAAGUAUAGAAAGAGAGGGCUAGAAAGACUAUUGGCCUACCAGCAUUUCUUGUGUUUUCCACCACCAACAAUUCCUGCCCUCCCAAUUGGCAUCUUCAGAGGAAACUAUUUUUUCUUCAGAUUGCAUAAAGACUUUGCUGCUAAAAUUGGUCCGAGAUGCCCCAGAUGAUGAGCAAGUCAAGCGCCAGGCUGAAGAAGAAAAACCCCUGCUAAUAUUGGAGAGAUUCCAUUUCAUUCUCCAAAUGUCUACACAGCUGUGGUUAACAGACUCUUUUUUUAAUUAUUAUUACACAGGGACCUCUGUUCCCUGAGAGUCACUAUUGACAUUUCAGGUAGACUGUGGACACAAUCUCUUUGCUGUUUAGCAAAUGUAGGGGGCAGCUCUGUUUGACUUUAGUUUGUUGCCUUAAUUAAAAACGUAGAGGUUUUUUUUUGUA